AUGCUGAAGAGGAAAAAAGGAUUCCUACCAAUUAGCAAAAGCUAGUGCAGUCUGCACAUAUAGAUUAUGACAUAAGCAACAAUUUUAUUUAUGAUACGAUACGCAGUAGCCUACCUUUUGAUUUUUAAAUUCUUGCUUCUGGGCUCAUUAGGUUGUGUGUUCAUCACAAUAGGUAGUAUCAAGAUGAAAUGGAUGUUGUGUUUUCAAAAAUGUGUGACUUGUACAAGUCGUAGCAGCGUUGUGAAUUCUUUAUUUAUUUUACUGUUUAUAGCAACAUGCUUAGUUGAUUAUUUGACAUCUACGCCCGUAGUAGGCCUACAUCAAGUUUUGUUGAUUUUGUUUUCAAGAGCCAAGCAUGGAGGAUUUAAAAAAAAAACAAUGUCCAGCUGGACAGCCAAAUUUGUGUAUUCCAUUCGGAUCUUGCUGUAGCUACUUUGAGUUCUGCUACUCUGGAAUGUGCGAGUCCUGUUUCUACGACGACAACGAGACCGCCAUUUUGAAGUUUUGCAGAGAACGUGGACAACACAACGUCUCUUUAAUGCGGCAUAACUCUUGUCGUUUUGCAUGUCAAAGCAGAUUCACCGAGCAAGAGCUGAGGUUAACACAAACUAUAGAUGCAGGCCUGAUCGAUUUGGGAAAAGCUGACAAAGACAUACCUAAAGCUGGUAAUCUUAAUAAAGAGUCCUCAGAGAAAGAAGAUAUAACUACACAUAAAUUGUUGGUGGCUUUACUCGUUAUGACAGCUUUUAUAAUUCUUGCGAUACUAUGGAAAUGCAUACCUAAACAUGAAAAAAAAAGAUUAUGGUCAUUUUUGAGAACUUAUAGAAAGAAGGAACGAAAGGAUGCAAAUGAACCACUUCGUGCAGAUCCACCUGAUGAAAACUCCGAUGUUGUUGAACUAUCAAAUGUCGAUUCUCCUAGUAAAAUACGUGGAAAAUUAUCUGGCGCUGAAUCCUUAGAUGUCUCACCAUCGGAUGUUAACCCAUCUGAAGAUAAACCACACGAGCCAAUGAUAGUUUAUCCCGAUUUGCAUAAUACUAAACACAAUGUUAAACAUCAUGAUGGUAGACGACUUGAUGAUAAACAUAGUUUAGCUGAGCAAAGUGUUAUUAAAGAAACUGGUGUUAACCAUCCGUUUGACAAAAAAACUGUUUCUAAGCAAGAUGAUGCAGAACAACUUGCUGAUAACCAUCUGGGUUCUAAAGACAACUUAACUCCAGAAAAACAUUUAAAUUCUGAAAAGGAGGAAAAGACUCUCAGGAACAGAAGUAUCCUGCCGGAAGUACCCACCACAAACGAGUCUGUUGUCGACACAGCUGUGACGAAGGAAAAAAAAAGAAAUAUAUCAAAAAAUGAAGCUAGAAAAAUUAUGUCAAGUUUUAGUACGGACAAUGAAACCAAUACAUCUAUACGAGUUAAUAUUGGCGAGAAACCGUUAUUAACUAACGAAAUCACAGAGGAACAGGAAGAUGACAAGUCAGAGGAUGACGAGAAUGUUCCAUUUCUAGCCACCAAAGAAGCAGAGGAUGGAGACUCUAGCACUCAAGUGAUUGAUAAACAAAAGAUUUCGAGUCUCCAUGACAUCUCCAGGCAAAACGAUGAUAUUGAUGCUUCCAUAAUUAUUCGUAAGAAUGAAACAAAGAAACCGCUCUCUAAGACAGAUGAAACAAUUGAGCAUGAAGACAAAGACAUUGAGCACACAGCUGACUGCUGUACACAAAGAUUAGAUGCUGCCCGUGCCUGCAACUGUGUCAACAAAAGAACUUAAAUCUAAUAACAAAUUCCCCCCCCCCUCUCUUGAUUUAAGAAACACCAGAGCUCCAGAACAUAGCCGCGUAGCACUGGCUACUCAGGACAUAAAUAAAGUCGGGAUGAGGAAAAAAAAAGAACUUAAACGUCCUUAACGCUGAAUAGAUAUCAACAGUCGAGAAAAAGACAAUGUUAAUGAAAGCUUGUUGAUUUAGAACUUGAUCUAAAAUAUUAUACCUUUAUGUAAAGUGUAAUUAAAUUUCGCUAAACAGUUUGGUUAAUAUCAAGGUCUACUGCAUAUCACUUAUUGUUUAUUAAUUUCAUAUUAAAAAGUACGCCAUUAAAUUAUUUCACUCAUGUUUAAAUAAAAAAAAUCUUCAAGCUUUACUGAGAUUCAAAAUACCAACAGAUUAUGUAAAUAUAUAUAUAUAUAUAUAUAUAUAUAUAUAUAUAUAUAUAUAUAUAUAUAUAUAUAUAUAUAUAUAUAUAUAUAUAUAUAUAUAUAUAUAUAUAUAUAUAUAUAUAUAUAUAUAUGUGUGUGUGUAGUGGAGUGGAUACCUUUUCAGAAAACACCAGCCACCCCGUUAUCCACGUGACCCUUCCCCUUAGAUGGCACCUUAUGUCCGCGCAUAACAAGGCAGACCAACGUGGGCACUGUCCAUUCGAUCGGCAUCUCUUGUCGCUGUCGCUGUAGUGUCCGUACGCUACUGGACCUACGUCGUCUCCACUCCCUGUUUGUGCCUGGUUCUACACCAUGUGUUUAUGGAUGGCUGCAGGUCUUUAAUGUAUAAUAAACAGUUUGGAAUCGUCCUACGAGUUGCCUUCGUCAUGUCAUUUAGUUUGUUCUGUGCCAAACCCACCAUAUAUAUAUAUAUAGUGAUAAUUUAUUAAUAAUUUAAUUUUCAUCAAAAUGUACUGGAAUUUGGAAAAUGCGGAAAACGUUCAAACUAAUUACUUUUAAAAGAACGAAACAGGCGACCAGAAUUAAGUUUCUAGGAUGAGACUAAAUGUUAAAUACUAUUUGAAAAUGUUUUUUACUGAAAUAUUUUUUUGAUUCAGUUGCUAGUUUCAUGCUUUCGUCUAAAUGUGGCUCUACUUUCUAAGUAAAUACUAAAAAAAGAAAAAAAAAGAGCUUGUCUUUUAUUAGUUUUUCCAAUCUAAGAAUGAAUAGUGUACCAGGUAGUACGCGUCAAGAUUGCUAGAGAAGUACCGUGUAAACAAAAAGUUGUACGCAUCAAAGAAUCGAGUCAAUGAUACCUUGGUACACUACUAUAGAUCUAGAUCUGUGAAUAAAUAAACAUUAAAAAAAAAAAAAAAAAAAAAAAA